AUGAAAAAAAUUCGCCUUCAUCCACGGUACAGAACAUUACGUGUUACCGCUUCAAAAACCGCCAGGUCAUUAAUGACAAACAAACACAUCAAAAAUUCUACGAACAAUAAAAUUUGCGCAGCACACCUUGGAUCUGGCGACGAUAACAGCGGCGACAAAGAGACAAAAGAUUUAAUUAGGAAGGAUAAGAACGUUGAAGGCGACUCUCUCAGUGCCGUUCAACAGAUUUCCAUUGAGCCUAAUUUUAGUAAUGAAGAUUUUAUACAAAUACAUAAGAAUCAAAAAAAAUUUGAAUCAUUUACCGUUUCCUUCAAUGAACCGAAAGAAGCUGAUGACAAUCCAAAAGAAAAAAGUCCAGGCAGGCAACAAAAUGAUACUUCUAGUAAUUUUACGACAAAGAAGGUCAUGUUCAACCGGGAAAGUUUGUUAUACAACAAAUAUCCAAAAGAAAUAGCCGGAAUAAAAGUUACAAAAAAGUUCUUGCUUAUGUCUAAAGGUUUAAGUUGGAAAAAUAAUGACUCUGAUGGAAAGGCAAAUGUUGAAAAAAAAACCUUUACGAAAUCAAAGCCAUCUGCUAUAAAUAAAACUACUGACAGUGAUGUUCAGGCGAUUUCUAAAUGCAUCACAGUUGUUGAAGAAGUGGUUGAAGAAAAACCGGGAAGUGAUGAAGCCACUUCAGUUUCUAUCCAUGUUGAAAAUCCCGUUAACAUUUGUUGUAAAGAUGAACAAACUGAGAUAGAUAGUGAUCUAAUUAAAAAUUUACGUGAUGCAGCAGAAGAAAAUGAAAACCAAUCCUCUUCCGCUCAAGUUUCCAAGAACAAAUGGACAAAUAACGGAUUAUUAUUAGUGAAUCAAUAUAAUGGAAAUAGCAGAUUGUCAGCAUUUAAACAAGCCAACUGUAAAAAAGAUUUAAAGAAUGCGAUUAACAAAAACAAUAAUGAACAUAGUAGUCCAUACGAGAAAAAACCGAUAAAAAUGAUCCGCGAGAGUCCAACAAACAUUGGAUAUCACAACAGUUCUCAAAAUAUAGCAAAUGCAUCAAGUCAUGAUCAUAUCAGAAGAAAACACUAUGAAGUGCCAUUAGUCAUAAAAUCAAAACCAACUGUAAAUGAGAACGGAUAUGACCACCCGAAUAAUUCAGAAAUUGUUGCAGAUGUAAAAAAAAUUUUUAGAAAAUCGUCUAAAAUAAAUGACAGUGCUGCUCCAAGCAAAAGACUUUUUAUUUCAAAAAUACCCAUAUACUAUGGGAACAAAAUGAAAUGCAACCACACGAUUAAUAGGAAACCAUUGUCAAUUCAGUUUCCUGCGGAAUCGCCGCAAAAUCAAAUUAAUGUUAUAAAUGAAAAACGAGUUUGGUAUAAAACACCUUUAAUUGAUGAGUUUUACAGAAGGUGUGAUUCAGAAAAAGAAGGGGACGACGACGUUUUUCCGGAAUCUAAUUUCCAAAAUAAAUCGAAAGUGAGUUUUCAAGGCGAAACAUUCAAGGAUGAAGAAAUGCCUAUCAAAACAAAUUACGACGGUUUAGAAAGAAUGAGGGAAAAGGAACAACUUAAAACUUGGUUUAAGGAGUCAAAUAAAACUGCAACGAAUUCUUUGAACAUAAGAGAAGGCAAUACAAAUCAAGAUCAACCCCCUCCAAACUACGAUGAAUCUAAAUACAUUAGGUCAUUUUCAAAUAAAACCAUUUCUGAAUGCGACUCUGGGACAGAUAGCAAUCCACGGACACUGUCAUUAUCUCCUAGAGAAACAUUCGUGAGAGAAAUGAAAGUGAUCAAAAAAUUGUGUCCAUUUGAUGAUGAAAGAGACGUUAACAACCAGGAUUUGAAAACAAAAGAAAUGAAACAACAGAAUAAGAGCAAAAUUAACCGCCACGAUCGCAAAUCAUUAGAAAAAGAAUCAUUUCAUGAAAAAAAGACCAAUUCACGACAUUCAUCAAAAAAGGAUUUCAACAAAACGUUGAAAAGCUUAAUAAAAAAACAAGAUGCCGAGUUAAGAAACAACUUGUUACAAAUACUGAUGGAAGAAACUGAAAAAAAGAUGAACGAAUACAAAAUGCAAAGCCAAUUAUUUGACGCUGCACCCGAAACUAAAAAAAAAUCAGUGCUUAAAAAUGCAUGGUAUGUUUUACGAGAGCCUAGAAAAAAUGAAGUUCACCACGGUAAAAAUGAAACGAAGCAUGAUAAGGUCAGUUCAUCUUACAAAAAUUCUUUACCAGAUGAUGCUUACCCUUGCAAAAAGAAAAAAUCAAAAAGUCAUAUAUUAAAUAUUCAAAAUAAAACACGCAGUGCAAGUGGAGGUAGCGAACCAGUAACAUUAAGGAAAGAACCUGUCAAAAAUACUGAAACUAAACAGAUGAAAAAUUUUAUCGAAAAGGUGCAAGUAUAUAAAAACAUGUUUCCAAUAGAACAGGAUGAAGAAACAAAAGCACCCCCAGGCAAGACAUCUAGUUUAGUGCACCAAAAGAAGAAAUCAAAAAGAGUAGUCGGAAAAAACAAAGAUUCGAAGCCAUUUCAAACUUGGCUCAAAAAUAACAUUAUGGGGCCAAUGAGUAAUGAAAAAGAUCAUAAUGAGAUAUUCCAAAACCCGAUGAAACUGUAUGAAAAAUGUAGAGUUUGUAGCAGAAAAGGUGGCACUAUUUCACCAUCAAGAGAUAUACAAGCUUGUCAAAGUUUCAUUAACGAUUAUGGACGAAGUGAAUCUUCCUCUAGCAGCAACAAUCUAGAGAUGGCUCCACCAAACUUAAAAAAUAGUUACGUUUACCAAGCGUUUCACAACUCCCAAGAGAAAAAGAGAGAAAGCUCUUAUUACAACGACCAAUUCAAUAAUUCAGCGACAGAAAAUAAUUGCUAUUACAACGAACAGUUUAAUAGUUUGGUAACAGAUAGUAGUUGUUGCGAUAACCAUUUCAAUAAUUCAGCCAUUAAAACGAGUGUUUGUAACGAUCAAUUUAAUAACUCAGCAACAGAAAACGCCUGCUAUUACAACGACCAACACAAUAAUUCAACCGAGAGUACUUGCUGUUACGGCGACCAAUUCCAUAAUUCCGUCGUAAACACUUGCUACACUGACCAAUUUAAUAAUUCAACUGUAAACAAUUACUGCUAUAAUGAUGACCAGUUUAAUAAUUCAGCAACAGCAAACAUUAACGAAGUCACUACAGAAGCCUUUCCGUCAAACCGACUCGCUCAAGGAAAACCAAUCAAACAAAAUCUGUAUGUCAACCAGAAUCAAGAAACUCUGAAAAGGAAGAACGCAAAUAAGUGCGAGUCCGAUUUUUACAACCGUCUAGGGCGAAUAAACAGGAGGCCGAUGACUAUAAGCAUGCUGCCCUUCAACGAAGAUGCGAGUGCAGUAAGAAGGCGUCCAAUACCACUCAACAGUUAUCAUCGGUCAGCUAAAAUGUGUGAAAAAGAAAUAUUUACCUCACCAGAAACAAUUAGAACUUCGAGUGACGGUUCUAACAACAUCAAUUAUUCGAGCAACAAUUCCGUUCAUGAGCGCAGAAACAAGGCGCCACUGAAGAUAAGUCAGAUAUUACUGUAA